AUGGAUAAGAAAUCUUCGGUUUCUUCUCGUCAUUCAGCGAGUACAUUAUCUGACAUUGCAACACUUCGUCGUCAAUUGGAUGCGAUUGAACGAUUUGAAAAACAAAAUACUCAUGAAAGUUCUCGAUUAGAUGAAAUCAGAAAACAAUGUGAUGUUUUACAAAAAGAAUCGAUUGAAAGAUUAUCUUCGAUUUCUCAAAAACAAAUCAAUGCUCAAGAACAAUUACAAUUCGUUUUAAAACGUACAAAAGAAAUUAAUCAAAUGAUGAAAGCUUUACAAGAAAGUGAAUCAGUUGAUGUUUGUUUUCUUAUGGAUUGUACAAAUAGUAUGCAGAAAUUUAUUAUCGAAGUCAAAGAUCGAAUCUUUGAAACAAUUCGAUUGUUAAAAUCUCGUUUUUCACAUUUAAAUAUUCGUUUAGCAUUUGUUGGUUAUCGAGAUUUAAAUUUACCCGAAGAAAGACAAUUUAGUAUUUUAGAUUUUACUGAUGAAGACAAAUUUCAUUCAUUUGUUUCCAUGGUUAAAUGUGAAUAUGGUGGCGAUGCUUGUGAAGAUGUUCUCGGUGGUUUACAAAAAACAGUUCAUCUUCAAUGGAAUCAACCAGUAAGAAUUUUAAUUCAUGUUGCUGAUUGUCCUUCACAUGGAAGACGUUAUCACGAUUUACCAGAACAUAAAGAUCAUUAUUUAUCAUCAGACAAUGAUGGAGCCAUUGGACAAGAAUUGUUUGAUAAGUUUGUUCAAUUAGAUUUGAAAUAUUUCUUUGGACGAUUAACAUCACAUACAGAUAAAAUGAUGGAACAAUUUAUUCAAUUUGGACAAAAACGAAUUUCUAUUGAAGAAAUUAAUUUAAAGAAUUUUCAGAAUUUAUUGCCUUUUAUUGUUGAAAGUAUUUCUCGAUCAAUUUCGAAAACUGCUUCAUCAUUAUUGAAAAGUCAUUCAGCUGUAGAAAGUAAUCUUCAAAAUACGAAAACAAGUCGAAUUUCUCGAAUUAGUUUUGAUUCGAUUGAACCCGAUUGGUUAAAUAUUCCAAUGAAAAAAGUUCAAGUGAUUAAAUAUCAAUGUAAUGAUCAAUUAGUUUGCGAACAAAUUAAUGAAUCGACGAAUAUCAAAAUUGCAGAAAAGCCUUUUGCAGAAGGAGCGAUGAGAUUGGCGUUUUAUGGAUUAAUGCAAAAUAAAGAUAAAUGGGAAAAGGUCGUUUUGAAAAAAUAUAAAAAUAUUCAUAAUAAUAUUGAUAUGAAAGAGAAAUAUUUAGAAUUAUUAGAUUGUCAAACAAUUGCUGAUCAUCUCGCUCAAGAAUUCAACAAAUUAUCUCUUUCAACCAAUGAAUCAACAUCAACAAUAAAAAAAAUCAAAUUCAUUAUGACUAAAUUAGUUUUCGAUCCAGAAAGUGAAGGAAAUGUUCACUUUUUCACCAUUGAACGUUUUAUCGAUGGAUCUUAUAAGAAAUUUUCAAACAAUGCUGGUUAUGUCAAUCACGAAGAUCCAGCUGUAACUCUCCAGGCAUUUUCACAUUGGACUUAUGAACGAACAAAUGGAAAUAUGAUUGUUGUCGAUCUACAAGGAAUUGAUAUUGGAGAUAAUCAAACAUAUUUGUUGACAGAUCCUUGUAUUCAUUCAACGGAUUUAACAAGAUUUGGAAGAACUAAUUUGGGAAAACCUGGAAUAAAAAGAUUUUUUGAAACUCAUGUUUGUAAUUCGAUCUGUCAAACGUUGAAAUUGAAAAUGAUUGAAAAUCAAAGUGUAACAAAAACUUCAUCAAAAUAUGAUUCAAAUUUUAUCGAGAAAAAAUCUUCUAUAAUCAACAAAUCGAUUUCAAGUAAACAUUCUUAA